AUGCCACUUGCGCUUCUUGCCGUGGCGGACACAGCGUCCUCCUAUGCGGGCAGAGCACAUCAUAAAAGCAACGACGUUUAUGAUCAUCUAUGGCGGCUAUUUUUCCUAAUCGUUCCCUAUUCUACUCCCUAUUCCACCCACUGCACUCGCCCGUCGUCGUCACUUCCCUCGGCUGAUAUUCUUCUGCUGACAUUCAACCUUCACGCCUCGAUCGACAUAUUCAUUUCUGCCGCAGUGCUGCAUUCGUCGACCUUUAUUCUGAGCGUCACCGAUUCCUGCUGCACGCCACCUCAUUCGUUUCUCCUGCGGAAUGGUAUGGCUAGCAGUGCCGGUGGAGUUGCGGUGGUUUGUGGUUUUAUGCUCUAUGCAGUGCGCCCGAAGCCGACUGGAAGAGAUGUUUGA